AUGGAACAUAAGGCAUAUUGGGCGUUAAAAUUUCUGAACUUUGAUGCUUCUCUGUGUGCAGGUAAAAGAAAGCUUCAAUUGCAAGAGCUGGAGGAGAUGAGGUUGACUGCCUAUGAUUCUUCAAGGAAAUACAAGGAAAGGAUCAAGAUGUAUCAUGACAAGAAGCUGAUCAAGAAGGAAUUUCAACCUGGACAACAGGUACUGUUGUUCAAUUCCAGAUUCAAACUGUUUCCAGGUAAGUUGAAAUCUAAAUGGUCUGGUCCUUUUGUGAUUAAGGCAGUCAAGCCUUAUGGUGCUGUUGAAUUAAUGGAUCCAAAGUCUGAGGAUCAAAGAAGUUGGACUGUUAAUGGCCAGAGACUGAAACAUUAUUUGGGUGGUGAGGUUGAACGUCUCACCACAACUAUNANNUUGUCUGAGCCAUGA